AUGCGGCGUGCUAUAAAAGACAAGCUCACUGGUGUUUUAGAGGACCCUCGUAUAUCAAACACUAUGCAAGCAUUGAAAAAUAAUCAUGAGCGACGUCCAAUAACUGAUCGUGUGAUUGGACUUGUUAAAGAGAAAGGUGAGACAUGGGUAUCGACAGUUCAAGAACAUGUUUCAUCAAUGACUGAUACAACAGGAGCACUUGCCAAACAAAAACUAUUACAAGCAUUAUUUUCAUCUGGUGUUGUACGAAGUGAAGAUAUUCGGCAUGCACUGCAAAUCGGAAUCGGCUAUUUUCUUGCUCAAGACGAUCGAAAAUCUUCUGAAUCAUCUACAUAUACUCAACGAGAAAAAUUUCCAGCUAUUGGUGGUUUAACACCACCUCAUUUUUUAUCUGAUUUUGAUUUUGAAGCUUAUGGACUUAACACAUUUAGUGAUUUAAUGCAUAUUUAUGGUAUUAAUUUUGAUACAUUAAAAAGACAUAUAUGUGAAGGUGAACUUAAAGAAAUAGUCAAUCCGUCUAGUUCAGGUUCAUUACUUUAUUUAACAUCAAAAUCAACAUAUCUUAUAAAAACAGCACGUGAUUAUGAUGCAAAAUUUAUUCAACAAAAAUUUCUUCAUGCAUAUUUUGAACAUGUUAAACAAAGACCAGAAACAUUUCUUGCUAAAUUAUUUGGUGUUUAUGGUUAUAUUCCAUAUAUUUCACCUCAACGAGGAAUUACAGUUGAUUCAUUUACAUUACGUUUUGUUAUAUUUUCAAAUAUAAUACCAACAAAUAUUGAUAUUCAUGAAAAAUAUGAUCUUAAAGGUUCAUCUUAUAAACGUGAUGCAAAUUUUACUGAACGAAUGAAAAAAUCAGCAACAUUAAAAGAUAAUGAUUUUCGUGAUAUACAUCCACAUGGAUUAAAAAUUCCGAAAAAUAUUUAUUAUCAUUUAAAAAAUAUUCUUACAUGUGAUGUAGAAUUUUUAGAAAAACUUAAUAUUAUGGAUUAUUCAUUACUUUUAACUAUACAUAAUAUGGAUAAUCCAGUUAGACCGAUACGUACUGGAUCAUUGGAAGCAUUGAUGGGUGGUCUUCAUGAUACAUUUCUUGCCUGUAUGAUGGAACAAAGAAUUGAAAAUAAACAAAACAAUAAUAAUUAUGAAUCAAGAUCCUUUCUACGAUUGAAAAAACCAAAUGAAGCAUUAGGUUUUAUCUAUGAAGAAAUUCCGAAAUUUGAUGUAGAAUAUGCAAAAGAAUUUGGGUAA